AUGCAUGAUAACGGCGCUUACAUGUGGCACACGAUGACGAACACUUGUAUGACAUAUGACCUUCACCAAAGCAAACCAUACACAGACGAUGGGUGCAUACGACCUUAUAUCGUUCAUCGACAGACAAGGCCUAAUGAUUUGUUGUCAAUCCUGUCCGAUUUGAAUUUGCUGACAGAGUUUCCGGUAAGGUUGGAUGUUGAGAUCCGAACGUUAGUAGUGGAUAUUAAGGCCGUGUGGAAUGAAGCGCAACCGGCUUUAGGUGUGAGCGUUGGUACCGUCCAGCGAGUGACGUAUGAGACCACUGGUGACAAUUCGAGUACUCCCGCUGGGUCGUCCAAAGUUGAUCCAACACCAUAUGCGCCUUCACCUUUGUCACCUACGAGACUACCUGAAAUCCCCCUACCAUAUUUCGACGGUGAAUGCCAGAAUUGGCCAGCCUUUAGGGACUUAUUCGGAAAUUUGGUAGCCAAUAAUGACAAGAUUAUUGAUGUAACUAAGUUUUAUUAUUUAAUCGGUUGUCUUCACCCUGAUCCUCAGGAAGUGAUCAAAGGGUUUUCCAUUUCGAACGAGUCUUUCUCCCUCGCUUGGGAGGCGUUGACCGAACGCUAUGACAAACCGCGCAGGUUGGCGUCGUCAAUCAUUGACAAAUUGAUAAACGCUCCUGCCGCAAGUUCGGAGAAUCAUGCUGCUCUGCAGAAGUUCCUGUCAGUGUUUGAUGAAAAUAUUGCGAUCUUGGAAUCGCUUCAGAUUCCAGAUUUAGCCUCGUUCCUGUUGUUUUCAUUAGCUGCUCGGUGCUUACCCACAUUUUCUAGACGUCAGUUCGAGUCUGAGUGUUUCGGAAUAUAA